AUGAACUUGGAUUACAAUUCUUCAAGUUCAAGUGAUGACCAGUUUGAUGAUAUGGUCAAUAACAUGAUUUUAUACAACGCGUAUCUUGAAGAACAAGAAGACUACGUAAUUCAACAAGCUGUUCAAACAAUUGUUGCUCCAAUCAUAGAAGCCACUCAAAGAAGAUCUCCCAAAAAAAAAAAAAUUAUUAUUCCAAGAGACCGUGCUGAUGCAAAUCAAAGGUUAAUGAACGAUUACUUUGUUGAUCGUCCUCUAUAUACCGAAGACAUGUUCCGACGCAGAUUUCGUAUGCAUCGUCCUCUUUUCUUUCGAAUUAUGAACGCAGUCGCUGCGAAAGACAAAUUUUUUCAACAACUACCAGACGCAACUGGGAAGCUAGGUGCCUCCACUCAUCAGAAAUGCACAGCAGCAUUGAGGUGUCUAGCAUAUGGAUCAGCAUCUGACGCAGUCGACGAGUACAUCAAAAUUGCUGAAUCAACAGCAAAGGAGUGCCUUGUGCACUUUGUGCAAGGAAUUCGAAAAGCUUUUACGACCGAGUACUUAAGGAGGCCUACAGUAACCGACUUGCAACGCCUCUUACGUGACGGGGAAAGGCGGGGUUUUCCUGGAAUGAUGGGCAGCAUAGAUUGCAUGCAUUGGCAUGGAAAAAUUGCCCACGAGCAUGGAAAGGGUUGUAUCAAGGUAGGUCCAAAUCUGCAACGAUAUAGGGAUGCAACAAUAUUUGCAAAGAGAGCUGAUGCGUGGGAUAGAGAUGUUCACAACUCCUUACAAAAGGACUUGGCUCAACACAUUUGGCACAAUUGUCGCCAAUCAACCAAUGAUGAGUGA